CCUCCACCAUCCACAACCUACCCUCUCAGCAUCACCGGCAGUGGCCACGACACGCCCUCACCACGCACGCACGACCUCACGAUCACUCCGCCGCAGGAGCACGCGCUGCUUCCGCUCCUCGCCGCAUCGCCUCGCUGCUCAUACCCUCUAGCCUGCUGGGCCGAGCCGCGAUCCGCUUCGCUGCACGGGCGGUGCUGGCGCAGGGGGUUCCGUCAUGUCGCAGCCUACCUCGCGCCCGCACACGCCGCCGCCGCUUGGCGCUGGUGCCGUCAGCGCGUCAACGUCGGGCUCGCUGCGGCCGCCCGACGACGGCAGCGGCGCGAGUGCGUCGAGCGGCAGCGCGGCGAGCAGAGCAGCUCACAUCUCGACGGGCGGCUUCACCAUCGCAUCGUACUACCAGGGCCGCUAUGAGGACGAGAGCGAGUCGUAUGGCGCGAGUACCUCGACCAGUCCGCGCUCCACCGGCGCCUGGGACGGCCGAGGGCGCACGCCGCCUGGCUCGCCUGGGCGCAGCACCGACGGAGCGCCCGGGCUGGUGCGCCGUCUCAGCCGCGGGUCAGCGUCUGAGGAGCAUGCGCAGCGGCAUAGAGCAGCGCUGCGAGAUGGGCAGAUGGCUGGUAGCAGCGGCUCGCUGGGCCAUUCGCGGUCAGGCGACACGUCGCUCGGCAGCGCAGACGGCUCGCUGUACAACCCGCUGGACUUCUCCUUUGAGGACUCACCGGUCGCCGCGAUGCAGCUCAACCCAUCGCUGCGCGUGGUGGGGCAAGAGGCAGGCCACAGAAGAGACGAGAGCCACGGCUCCAGCUGGUCGGGCGACAUGGGGCGCUAUCGGCGGCAUCAGCUGCACAGCGCCGACGAGGCGUACGCGAGCACGCCCACGCUGCCGACGAUCGCGGGCUCGUACGUCGAUUACGGCGCGCCUCGUGCGGGGCCCGGCGGCUCCGUCCUUGACACGCCCAUCGACUUUGGGCACGAUGCCGAGCCAUCGAGUCGCCUCAGCAGCGAAGGCGCGAUUCUGACGUCGAACCAGGCGUACGCGGGCUGGAACCGCUACGGCGAGCGAGACUACUCAGACGCAGAUCUGCCGCGCGUGGGCUUUGUCGACGACGGCGGCGUGCUGCGGAACGACUCGCCGCUUCAGCUAGAGGACGGCUUCGAUCCCGCUGCCCGGCCGACGCAGCGCACAAGCGCAGAGCUCAACGCCAUGGCUGGAGGCGAUGCAGUCCACGCGGCUCGCACCGGCAUGCAGCGCGUCGGCAAGUCGCUGCGCCGCAUCAGCCGGCGGGUCGUGAAUCUGGGCGACCACGACGCCGAAGGUGCGGGACGAGAUGCCCAUCUGCGGCUGCCCGACCACGACGAGGACAGCGACGACGAGCCAGACAGCUUCGUGCCGCCGGCCUCUGCGCCGCAGACGACGAACGACGCGCCGCGGACCGAGACGCUUCUCCGCGGGCGCAGUCUCGGGCUCUUUGGGCCGGACAAUGGCUUCCGGCUGGCGAUGGCCAAGCUGCUCGCGCAGCUGUGGAUCGAGCCGCUGAUCCUGGUGCUCAUCGUGUUCAACGUUGUGCUUCUCGUCCUGCAGUCGGCGCGCAACGUCUUCAAGCACCCACGCUCGCCCGGCUACUUUGACUACUGGGAGGACUACGCGCUGCUGGCCGUGUUCGUCAUCUUCACCAUCGAGGUGCUCGCCCGCGUCGUCGUGUCCGGCCUGUUCAUCAACCCGCCGCCGCUGGUCUACACCAACCCCGCUGCGGGCGUCAGCGGGCGCGUCGACGGAUCCGAGGACGUCGCGGCCUCACGCGAGCCCGCCCCCGAAGUGCUCGCGGAACAGCGGCGGCGCAUGUCUCGUUCCAACACGCUCGACGCCUUUUCCGAGCUCGGCGGGUCGCUGCGCAACAAGGCGUCGCAGGCGCUGAAGCCGAGCCUCAACGCGAGCGACGCAAAAUCGCGCAGUCCCGUGCGAGGCAACGACGCUGCGUUUCGUCACGGCUUCGCACCUGAUAAGCCAUUGGGCGUCUCGCAUCCUGUCGGCGGCUUCAGCGGCCCGACGUGGUCGUCGCGCCAAGACACGCUCAGCUCAGCCGACGCACGCACGCUGCGGCGCCAGGGCACAAACAUGCUGCUCGACAGCGACCACGACGCCUCGUUCAUGCGCAAGCGUCCGCUGCCGUUCGCGCAGGCCAUCCUGGCGCAGCGCUCACAGACGGCGCACUAUGCAUAUCUGCGUCACAGCUGGAACCGCAUCGACUUCCUGGCCGUCGUGAGCUUCUGGGCUGCCUUUGUGCUCUGCGUGGCGCGCCAGGAGCAGACGAGCGAUCACCACAUCUACAUCUUCCGCGCGCUCAGCGUGCUCCGCGCGGCCCGCCUGCUGACGAUCACGAGCGGCACGACGAUCAUCCUGGAGAGCCUCAAGAGCGCGGCGCCGCUUCUGGUCAACGUGACGUACUUUACCGCUUUCGCGAUGCUGCUCUUCUCCAUCAUCGGCAUCCAGUCGUUCCGCGGCAGCUACCGGCGGCAGUGCGUCUGGCUCGGCGACGCAGUGGCUGGUCCAGCGGCGUCGCCCGGCACCAACUACACCCUAACCCAGAUCUGCGGCGGCUACUUCGACCCGUCGCAGGGCCGGCGGCUCGGCUUUACGGACACGGCUGGCAACCUGUUGCGCGGCGAGCCCAAGGGCUACAUCUGCCCUGCCGGCCUCGUCUGCGUGCAGGGGGAGAAUCCCGAGGGUGGCACGCUGAGCUUCGACAACAUCUUCGCGGCGCUGAUGCAGGUCGUCGUCGUCAUCUCCUCGAACAACUGGUCGCAAACGCUGUACGACAUGGUCGAUGCCGAGCCUUUCGCCUCGUGCUUGUACUUCAUCAUCGGCCUCCUCGUGCUCAACUUCUGGAUGGCAAAUUUGUUCGUCGCCGUCGUGACGAACACGUUCGCCAGCCUCACUGCGUCGACGCGCCAUUCGGCCUUUGCCGCGCAGAAGAUCGAGGCGCCGGCAGAAGCAGUCUCGGAGAAGGAGGAGAGCGCUCGGAAGCGCAACAGGCGUCGCAUCGCCAGCGUGUACCGACGCCUGUGGGGAUGGACCACGUUCAUCUGGCUGCUCGCCAUCGUCGCCGACCUCGGUGCGCAGGCACAGCAGGCGUCGUACAGCUCGGCUCAGGACAAGACGAAGCUCGACACGAUCGAGCUGGCCUUCACCGUCGCGUUCGACGUCGAGAUCAUGAUGCGCUGGAUCGCCUUUGUCCUCGACGGCGACUGGCGCAGCUUCUUUGCCGAGAAGCGCAACCGCGUCGACCUGCUGCUCGCCGUCGUCACGUCCAUCAUCCAGAUCCCAGGCAUCAAGGGCACGCGCACGUACGACUGGCUCACGGCGUUCCAGCUCGCGCGCUUCUACCGCGUCAUCGCUGCUGUGCCGCGCAUGGAGGCGCUGCUGAGCCAGGUGCUCGGCAACCUCGCCGGUCUCUCCAACAUGAUCCUGUUUCUGCUGCUCAGCGUCGGUCUGGCAGCGCUUGUCGCCGUGCAGCUGCUGCGCGGCGACAUUCCGCAGGAGGAGAACGGCGAGCACAUCCAGGCCAACUUCAAGCAGGUCUACAACGGCUUCCUCGGCAUGUACCAGGUGUUCACAUCGGAGAACUGGACCGACGUGCUCUACUCGGCCAUCUCGAACGAGGAGCAGUACAAGCAGGCCGUCUUCGCCGGCAUCCUGCUCUGCGGCUGGUUCCUCUUCGCCAACUUCGUCCUGCUGCAGAUGUUCAUCGCUGCGCUCAACGAGAAUCUGCAAGUCGCCGAGGGCCAGAAGCGGCAGCAACAGCUCGAGAUCUACUUGCAGCGCAUGGAGCCUCCGGCGCCGACGCUCUCGCAGAAGAUCCUGCACAAGCUCAGCCCGUACCGCUGGCUGCGCGAGCGCAACGAGAAGCGCGAUGCCUUGGCGGCCGGCUCGCAGGGCGGCGCACACCACGUCACGAACGACGAGAAGCGGCGGCGCAUGGGUUUGAACCAGGUGGUCAAUCCUUCGCGAUGGAAGCGCAUCCUCGAUCGCACAGCACGUCUGCUCCGUCUGGACCGCCCAGAUGAGCAUGUGCCUCUCGACACGAUCCGCGCGCGCCAGUUCCGCAGCUCGAUCUCGGGCGAGGCCAUGCUGCGCGACCCGUCGCGCGGCAUGUCGAUGUACGAGCACUCGGGCGAGCCGAACGACGCCGCGCGUCUCUUCGCUCGCGAGCGUCAGCUCACUCGCAUGAGGUCGGACCUCGGGCUCUCUGGUGACGAGCCGGCGCAGUCGCAGAUCAACGCCGAGCACAUUGCGCGCUACCGCAACGACCCACGCAUGGCGCAGGCGCAUCUCGUCAACUCGCACCCCUCGUACGAGCGGAGCAUCUUUCUCUUCAGCAACAUGCAUCCGUUCCGCCGCUUCUGCCAGAGCUGCGUGCCGUCGAGCCACGGCGAGCGUAUCUUCGGCCGGCAGGUCAGCAGGAAUCGGCACCGCGUCGUGCAAGUCGUCGUCUUCAUGGCCAUCGCCGGCUCGAUCGCGAGUGCGGCAUUCGCCACGCCCACAUACCGGCGCGAAUGGUACCGUGUGCACGGCCUUCGACGCGACUCGUGGUUCUCGCUGGUUGAGGCGUCGCUGAGUGCGAUCUUCGUCCUCGAGUUCCUGCUCAAGGUGGUGGCCGAUGGCCUCGCCUUCACGCCGAACGCCUACCUGCUGUCGCCUUGGAACGCACUCGAUCUCUUCGUGCUUGCCUCGCUGAUCAUCAACACGACUGCCGAGCUCGUGGUCAUCGGCGGCGUGAGCCGCUUCACGCGUGCCAUCAAGGCGUUCCGCGCGCUUCGCCUGAUCAACCUGUCGGCCUUGAUGCGCAACACGUUCCACGGCAUCGUUGCCGGCAGCGGCCGCUUCCUCGACGCAUCGCUGCUCGCGCUGCUGUACAUCGUGCCGUACGCCGUCUGGGGCCAGAAUCUCUUCGGCGGCCUGCUCUACUCGUGCAACGACGGAGGCGCGGGCAUCAGCAGCCGCGUCGACUGCGUCGGCGAGUUCGCGGCUUCCCCGUCGCAGUGGACCUUUCUCGCGCCGCGCGUGUGGCAGAAUCCUACCGAAGGCUCGCAGUACUCGUUCGACGACUUCCGCUCGGCCCUGCUCAUCCUCUUCGAGAUUGUCUCGCUCGAGGGAUGGGUCGACGUCAUGACGGCGGCAAUGGCCAUCGUUGGCCGCGACAUGCAGGCCUCGCCUGACGCCACGCAGGUCAACGCGCUCUUCUUUGUGAUCUACAACCUCAUCGGCGCCGUCUUCGUCCUCACGCUCUUCGUCUCCGUCCUGCUCGAGCAGUUCCGCGCCUUCUCGGGCGCCGCGUACCAGACCACCGAGCAGCGGCAGUGGGUCGAUCUGCAGCGGCUCAUAGGCCGUCAGCGGCCCUCGAAGCGGCCUAAGGUCAAGCCGCGCGACCCGCUGCGCGCCUGGUGCUACGAGCGUGCCACCCGGAAGCACGGCUGGUGGUCGCGCCUCCUGACAUUCCUCUACUUUGGCAACAUCGUCGUGAUGGCCACGCAGCGCUUCCAGGACAGCCCGAGCACCGAGCUGACGCGCAACGUGAUCUUCCUGACCUUGGCGUCCUUCUACGCGGCGGACAUCAUCAUCCGCCUUGCCGGCCUCGGCUGGCGCGCGUACAAAGACAACUGGUGGAACCUCUACGACCUCGUCGUUGUCACGGGCACGUUCGCCACGACCAUCCCCCUGCUGGCGCCGGACCGCGACUCGGUGGUGAAUGUGCAGCUACAGAAGGUCCUGCUCGUCGGGGUCGCAUUCAAACUCGUACAGAAGUCGAAUGCGCUCAAUCAGCUCUUCCGCACGGCCGUCGCCUCGCUGCCGGCCAUCGGCUCGACGUUCGCCCUCUGGCUUGUUCUCUUCUGUACUUUCGCCAUCAUGAACGUCGAGAUCUUCGGGCUGACGCGCUGGGGCGCCAAUGAGACGUACGCCAAGAACUUCAGCACCUUCUUCGGCUCGCUCGUCUUCCUCAGCAUGACGAGCACGGGCGAGGGCUGGAACCAGUACAUGCACGACUACAUGAUCGAGCCGCCAAACUGCACGCCGGCGAACAACUAUCUCGAGACGGACUGCGGCAGCAAGUCGUGGGCGCUGGGGCUCUUCAUCGCCUGGAACGUCAUCAGCAUGUACCUCUUCCUCAACUUGCUCACGGGUCAGGUCGUCGAGAACUUCUCCUACGUCUUCCAGCUCGGCGGCAAGCCGAUGCUGUCGCGCGAGCAGCUGCGCUCGUACAAGAAGGUCUGGGCCGAGUUCGACACCUCGCGCAAGGGCUACGUGGCGCGCGACAAGAUCGUGCCGCUCCUCAACCGCCUCACUGGCGUCUUCGACGUGCGGGUCUAUCCGCCAGAGGGCAGAAUCAGCGCACUGCGCGCUGCUUCCAGCCGCGAGGCGCCUCUGCCGAGCCCGUCGACGCCAACGAAGGGCCGCGUGGCAGCCGCCGCAUCGGAAGCUCUCACCCGCUUGCGCGGCGGCUCACCCAGUCCGCUGCCGGUCGGCGACGAAAGCAAGACCUCUUUCGCGUGGCCGCCCUCCUCGCAGCGCAUGGACCGCCUCGCCGGUCUCGACGUUGGCAAGCUGCGCGCCGCGCUUGGCCGCCUGGACUCGGAGGACAUCAAGCGGCGACGGCGCAGAUUCGAGCGCAUCUACCAGGAGGCCUGCCUCAGAGAGGAGCCUGAGAAGGGCGGCAUCGCAUUCACCGAGCUGCUCUACAUUCUUGCGCACCACAAGCUGAUCGACGAUGAGGCGGCGCUGGGCCUCGAGGAGCUCAUCGAGCGACGCAUGCUGCUCGAGCGCAUCGAGACAAACAUCGAGCUCGAGCGGGUGCGUCUCGCGCUCAGCGGCUUGCACCUGCGCCACCGCCUGCAUGCCAUGCGUGCGGCUCGCGACGAGGUCGAGUCGCCGCCCAUGCGGACGGACGCCUCGCUACCCACCAUCAACGUGCAGGACCCAACCGGAGUCUCCGCGCCGCGACAGCGCCCGCCGUUGCGGCUCAACAUCGCCGACAUCGACAGCGAUUAUGCACAGCAGCGGCGUGCAGCGCCGUUGCACACGAAUACUGGCCCCGGCGAAGGGGCGCUGACGCCAAGUGGCUCUGCUGUGCACCUCUCGCCACACGACUCUCCUCGCGGCAGCUCUGCGCACGACGCCGCCACGCCGGCCAUCACCGUCAGCUCCGCCGACCCCUUCAUGCGAGACGGCGAGCGCCGCGCCUCGCCGAGCGCCGACAGCUUCCAGCAGACUGCCUGGGCCGACCUGGCCCGGCGCCUCUCGCGCGAGGUGCACGAGCCGUUCUACACGCGCUCGCGCGAUGUGUCGCCUGCCCGCUCGUGGGGCCGUGACGGCAACAGCACGUACGGCCGGUCGCGCUCAGCGUCGCCGUCGCCUGCGCCCUCUCCGACGUGGCUCUCGCGCGGCGCCAACAUGGAGGCGACGCGCAGUGCUGACCGUGCCGAGGGCACUGCCUUCGACACACACGACCUCUCUCCUGGCGCACCGUCGCCGCGCCAUGGACGACAUGACCCAUGAUCUUGACGCUCCCUCUCACUGUACACUAUCUCUGCUUCCAUCGUCACCUCCCUUGGGACGGCACGUCCUCAUAGAAUUCACUCAGUCUUGCU